AUGCCCACCGUAGGCUUGUCUGCUGGCCCAUUGCCUUCACCACACUCGCUGCGGCCAUGCCUCGCUCACUCGCCCGGCUCCGGUAUAAGCCGCCGCUGAAGCCCAUCUCUUUUGCACCCGCUGCAAAACGCACAACACCCGUCCACGAGGAAUUGCUUCAGAAACGGGUCGCCGCCUAUGUCCAGCGCCAGUCAAACCCCAAGCACCUCCGCCUGCAGACUGUCGUCAAUGAAAAGGCCAGGCGCCAGGCGACGGGACAGCAUGUGAAUGCUCCCAUCAAGCCCUACACCCUGCGCGACGUGGUGGACCCAGAAGGUACUGCUAAGCAUGGCGAAAUAAUCUACAUUUUCCGCAACACAAAGACCAACCAGGUCAUCUACUCUCUCCAGGAGUUACUAGAUAACCAUCACCUCGACCAACUGCCCUUUAUUGGCAAGCACUCAAAGCCGCCUGCCCUGCGCCCAGACGAAUGGGUCCCUCACUGUGUCGUCACCUUCCCCACCUCUGCCCAGGGCCAUAGCGCCUUCCGCAAGCUGCGUGAAUUCCGGAAACUGCAUGAGACUGCGUGGGACAAGACGAACCCGGAAAUGGUUUCCAUGGAUCGCAAGCAGCGUAUCAAGAAGAUUAUGGACCAGCGGGCCAACACGAGCGCUGAUCUAGCAGAGGUGCUGCGCAUCCAAGAAGAGCAUGGCAUCCAGGCUGCAGAAGAGCUGCUAAAGCGCGAGCAAAAAGCCACUGCUGUGCUAGACAGGCGCUGGCAAGAAAUCGACGCACUAGCCAAUGCGAGCCUGGCCAAGGAAAAGCCAACUGACAACGUCAAGUGGCUGCAAGGCCAAAUACGAUCCAUGGACCUGAAACUCAAGAUGAGGCAUCACCAGAGUGAAGCCGACCAGAAGAGCCUAAAGGCUACCAAGGAAGCUCUCGAGACCCGGUUACGCAAGUUGCAAUAUGCAAUCAGAAAAGCCGAACAGUUCAAGAAGUUGCAACAAGAACUCGCAAAAAAGGCAGCGCCUGCUCAAGAGCCAGGUGCUGAAGCCAAGCUGGACAGUUUGAAGUCUCAAGCCCGAGUUUUGGACGAAGCACUUCAAAACCCAGACCCCUCUCGGUCCGCGUCAGACCUUGAGAUGGAUGCUCAACUUCUCGCUCAACAGCGAAGUGAAAUCGACCUUCUUGAGCAGGCAUUUGACGCAAAGGCCCAAGCCGAAUCUCGUGACCACUACAUUGCUCGUUCGGUUCUUCCAAAGGCUCUCAAGAAGACCCCUGUCAGACCGUACACGCUCAAUGGUGUCUCAGUGCAAUGGGCCGACAUGCAAGACGCCCUCUAUGCGGCCGGAAAAUGGCCUGAUGCUAUUGAGCACGAGCCUUUGGAGAUCAACAGGGCGCGGGGAGAAACUCUGUUGCUCUCGGCUGAAGAGUAUGAGAUUGAAAAGAGCAACGAUGUCGGGCGGAUCAUGGAAGCUCUGCAAAGUAGAGGCCAGGCGCACGACGGCUUACGGUCAAGCUUUGAGCCAUCAGGUGUAGCUCCGGCAUUGAAAAGUAGCAUACCGACAUUCUUGCCCGUACGGAAUGCCUUCAAGAGCGCUAUAGCCUAGGGGUGGAUGUACAUUAUGUAGAUUAUUGUCGUCGAAUCUACCAAGGAUUUCGGAUACGCGCAGUGCCAUUUCUUAGUCCAUAUGAUUUAGUGCCCACCUUUUACGUGACGGACUAACUUGAACUUAUUUUGCAUCUGUUUCGGCAGACUCCACUGCUUUCUGCUCACCUGCCUUGACUUCUUCCUCCUUCAACUUGAGCUGGAGUUUCUCUAGCCGCUCUAGCAAAAUCUUCUCCUUCUCUUUGAACUUCUUCUCAAACUCUUCAUCAUCUUCGUUGUUGAACGCCAGAGCGGUAGGUGUCUUAUCUCCUUCUCCUCCAGUUUCCUCUCCGCUUCCUUCUUCGGUACUCUUUGCAGUUGCCUUUGACUCCACCAACGCGGCACGCUUCCUCUUUCUCACCCUGUCGGCCCAUCUAUUGCACUGAUCCAAUCUCUCCAAGCU